GUCCUGGAUCCUCUAUUGUGAUCCCUGUCAGAGCAGUCAGAUGUGGUAGCCAUAUACCAUCUAAUUGUGCCAAACUCAGUCUGGUAGAGGCUGUGGUCCAUUAGUCCUUUGGACCAAUCUUUCUUCAGGGGAUAUUUUUGGUUUAAGGUUUAAAGAUUAUCUCAGGGCAGUAGUCUCAGGGAUUCAUCCAAACUUCAUGGCUCUAGAAAGUCUGGAGUCCAUGAGAAUUUGAAAUUAUGUUCUGCAUUUUCCCCUGAUUAGGAUUCUUCUAUGGAAUCUUUGAUCAAAAUGUUCAGUAAUGGUAGCCGGGCACCAUCCAGUUCUUCUGCUCUCAUGGCAGAGUAGGCAGUUGUACAUGGAGGCAAUUAGCCACGUGUUCCAUAUCUGCCUUAGCUAUCUAGUGCUGCUAUAACAGAGAUACCACAAGUGGAUGGCUUUAACAAAGAGAAAUUAUUUUCUCACAGUCUAGUAGUAGGUUACAAGUCUAAAUUCAGAACAUCUGCCCUAGGGGAAGGCUUUCACUCUCUGUCGGCUCUGGAGGAAGGUCCUUGUCCGUAGCCUUGUGCUGGUCCAGGAGCUUCUCAGGCGCAGGGACCCCAUGUCCAAAGGACAUGCUGUGCUGCUGGUGGUGCUUUCUUGGUGGUGUGAGGUCUCCAACUCUCUGCUUGCUUCCCUUUUAUCUCUUAGGAGAUAAAAGGUGGUUCAGGCCACACCCCAGGGAAGCUCCCUUUAUCUUGGAUCAGGGAGGUGACCUAAGGUAAGGGUGGUGUUAUAAUCCCACCCUAAUCCUCUCAACAUAAAAUUAUAAUCACAAAAUGGGGGACAACCACACAUGGCGUGACCAAGUUGAUACAUUUUUGGGGGGACAUAAUUCAAUCCAUGACCAUAUCCUCCUCCUAUUUCUGACUCUCUUUCUUCCUCUGUUACUCCAGGUGACUAGAAACCAAUUGUUGUGCCUUGGGUGGCCGCUUGCAAGCUUUUAAGGCCCCAGGUGGUAUGCAAAGAACUAGAAUGCAGAAGAGAAGCACUAAACAUGUUAUUGGGCCAGUUAACUGAGUUGUUGCUCGAAAUCAUGACCCAAAACCUCCAAACCAAGGAACCAAAUCCCAUGAUGUGUUUGGCUGUACAUAAGCAGCCUUAGCAGCUACUCUUUUUUAUGCCAUUGUUGUAAAUAUAUGUAUCACACAGCCUUUGCCACUUCACCUUUUUACAGGUAUACAACUUAUUGACAACAGUUUUUUUUUUUUUUAUCACUCAUUAGGUUGGCAUGAGCCAGAGCCGACUUGACAGCAACUAACAAAGAAAAACUCAGUAUCCCUUAUGCAAUAACUUCCCAUUUUGUCCCCCUGUUACCAAUUGCCAAUCUGACACAGAGUCCUUGUCUUUUCCCAAGUAAGAAUACACGCAAAGACAAACUUUAUCUUCAGCAAGCUUUAUUUUACCUGAGUCAAGCAAAAGGAUUUAGCUGGGAUCUAAGCCUCUUCAAAAGACUGACUUGAAAAGGGAAGCAAGGCUAGGGCUUACAUGGGUUCAGUGGAGACAAGAGAGUAAUGAAUAUUUAGUGGGCUUCUUUCAAGGGAUGGGUACUUCUCAGAAUGGCGGGGCAUGUUAAUUAGUUUGCCCGUGCAUCUGGAAUCCAAGAUGGAAGCUGCUGAUAUUCAAGAUGGAGUCCUCCAGGCAGCCCUUGGCAUCACGUAUUAUGGGAUAUAGCACAAGUGCACCGAUCUUUGGCACUACAUCACCAUCUUCCGAGGGCUAAGGAAGGUUAAACAGCCGUGGAACUUUGGCAUGCAGGAGCCCGUAAAGGGGGAAGGGACUAGAAAAACACUAAGAAGAAGAUAAUAAUUCAUGGGUUAUUUCAGCCUUAUCUCAUGUUGACAGGGUGUGGUUCCUGUUUACCCAACUUCUAGAUGGUAAUCUUGUAACAGCUCUUUUGUUCUGCCAGUGCAGUUAACCCUAUCUGCCUUACCCCCCUCCCCCGCAUGCCCUGGUAACCACUAAUAAAUUUUUGUCUCUCUACAUUUAUUUGCCCAUUCUAGAUAUUCUAGGUGUUUCAUGUAAGUGAGAUCAUACAGUAUUUGUCCUUUUGUGUCUGACUAACUUCACUUAGCAUAAUGUUUUCAGGGUUCAUGUCAUAGCAUGAAUCAAUUUCAUUUCUCUUUAUGAUUGAGUUGUAUGGAUAUACUACAGUUGGUUUAUACCUAUUCAUCUCUUGAUGGACUCUUGGGUUGUUUCCAUCUAUUGUUGUUGUUAGGUGUUGUUGAGUCAAUUUUCGACUCAUAAUGACCCCAUGUGACAGAGUAGAACUGCCCCAUAGGGUUUUCUUGGCUCUAGUCUUUAUGGAAGCAGAUGGCCAUGUCUUUCUGCCGCACAACAGCUAAGUAGGUUCAAACUGGGAAACUUUUGAUUAGCAGCCAAGCACUUAGCCAUUGUGCCCCCAGGGCUCCUCUCCCACCUUUUAGCUAUUGUCAGUAAUGCUGCGGUGAACAUUGGUGCAUAAGUUUCUUUUUGAGUUUCUACUUUCAAGUCUUUCGGGAAAUAUAUCUAGGAGUGGAAUGGCUGUUCAUAUGGUAAUUCUAUGUUUAACUUUUUGAGGAAGCACCAAACUUCCACAGCAGCUGUACCAUUUUAUGUUCCCACCAGCAGUACACAAGGGCUUCAAUUUCUCUGCAUUCUUGCCUUCUGCUGGGAUUUUGAUUCGAAUUGCAUUAAAUCUAUAAAUUAAUUUGGGAAGACUUGGUAUCUUAACACUAACAAGUCUUCCAAUCUAUGAAUAUACUAUCAGCACUUAUUCUUGACUUUUUUUCAUCAGAGUUUGGUAGUUUUCAGCGUAUGAAUCAUGCUGCACAUAACGUUGUUGGAAUUAUACCUAUAAAUUUAAUAUUUUUUUUAGCUGUUGUAAAUGGCAUUUAAAAAUUUUGUUUCUUAUUGUUCUUUGUUAGUAUAAAGAAAUACUAUUUAUUUUUUGCAUGUUUACCUUGUAUCCUGUGACCUUGCUAAACUCACUUACAGCUUUUGUGGUAGACUUCUUCAGUGAGUUGUGUUUUUAAGAGGUUUUGUAAAAUAAGAAAAAUGUCUUUUACAGUACCCCCAUUUCUGGUGUUCUUCAUUCUAGUGCAUGGAUCAAGAUUUUCAUCUGGUAUAACUUUCCUUCUGCCUAAAGAAUUUCUUUUAACAUUUCUUAGACUGCAGGUCUAUGGGUGAUGAAUUCUUUCAGCUUUUGUAUAUAUGAAAAAGUAUUUAUUUCACCUUUGUUUUUGAAAGAUAUUUUCGCUGGGUAUAGAAUUGAAGAUUGACAGUGUUUUUUUCUUUCAGUAACUUUAAAGACGCUUUUCGACUUUAUUCCAGUUUGCAUUGACUCCUGCAAGAAAUUUCCUAUACCUGUGUGUCUAUAGGCAGUAAACUUGGGGUAAUUAUAAGGCUUGAAGCCCUUUGUUUUCCCUUUCUAAAGGAUUAUUGUCAUCUGUUUUCUGAAAACCUUUAUUGUAUAUGUUUUCUGUGGGUUUUUAGUUGCUUGAUUCAGGAGUAAAUCUAGUCCUUUUUGCUGUAUCUUGGCCAGAAACAGAAGCCCCCAAACCUAAGGAUUUUAAAUUUCAAAAUUCCUUAUAGAAUAGAAGAUUGAGAUGUCAAGAAGUAUGUUAUUCCAGUAAUUCAAAUUUAUCUCUUGUGUGGAGAAGCUGGACUUCAGGUUUCUCUAGAGACCAGUGAGUUGGUAUUUAUUUCACCAAUUUAAAAUAAAAAUUUGAAUAUAAGCUUAGAUACUCAAGCUAAGUUCAAAUGGUGUUUUAGAGGGUUAGUUUUUUAAUAUAAUGGUCUCACUUUUAAAAAUUUAAGCCUAUGUGUUUAAGGCCACCACCACCACCAUUUGCUAUGGAGUAAGUUCUGAUUCAUGGUGACCUUGUGUGUUGGAGUAGAACUGUGCCCCAUAGGGUUUUCAAUGACUGAUGUUUUGGGAGUAGAUUUUGCCAGGCCUUUCUUUUGAGUUACCUCUGGGUGGACUUGACCGUCUAACCUUUUGGUUAGCAGGUGAGUACAUUAACUGCACCACCCUGUUUUAAGGUAGUAAAUGUAUAAUUUAUAAGGAUCAGCACAAAGCUGAUUCCUAUGAGGCGGAGGUUAAAAGUGUCCCAAAUGACCAGCUUUUCCAAGCUGCUGUACUACUGCCUCAUUUCUAACAUCAGCUACUCCCUCUCCCCUCAGUAUUCUCGCUCCUGUCUUUGGGUUCCCUAAUUCGCUGCAACAUCUCACAGAGCUCACGAACCAUAUAGAGGAAAUGGCUUACGUGGUUAUGGAGGCUGGCAAGUCCCAAAUUUGUGGGUCAGGCAUUGGCUUCCCCCAACCUACAUGGCUGCAGGAGCUGACAAACUCAAACUAGUAGUUCAGACCACAGACUGCUGGCUCACAAGGCUGUGGAAGCUGGUGAAUCAGGUCACAUGACAGACUGCUGGUCUGAAGGGCUAUGGAGCCUUCGAAUCCCAGGUUGGAUAGCAGGCCUCUGGAGAGGUCAAUUGAUCAUUAACCAGAUGCAGAGAGAGAAAGCCUAACCAGGACAUACACAUAUAUCUUAGAUGCAGGCCACACCCCAGGGAAGGGUGCAACUUUAGUAAGGGUGGGGCUUGAGUCACACCCUUCUUCGAUGCUGGGACCUAAGACAUGCCUUAUACCAAUCCUGCCUCAUCAACAUGUAGAAGUCAGGAUCCACAACAUAUAAAAUGAAGGACAACCACACAGUAUUGGGAACUGUGGCUGAGCCAAGUUGACAUACAACCCCAACCACCACAGGUUCCAUAUACCUUAUUUGCAUAGUCCCACUCAGUCACUGUGUGUGAGCCACAAAGACCAUGGCUAAAAAAAAAAUUUUAGUGAAUUUAAAAAUGCUUUUAGGACUGGUUUUUCAGAUGAACAUUUUUCAAAUUAGUUUUCAUGUUUAAAAGAACCACUAAUGGGAAAUACUUGGAUUUGUUUCUUAUUUUUAUCCUUUCGAUACCUAAAUGAAAAACCUUUCAAGUCAUUAUCAGGAAAAUUUGUAGUAAUGAUUGACUGGAGCAAGGUUACUAUCUAAUGGCUUAAGGAGACAUGAGCAGUACUUUGUGAAAAAACUAAAAAGUAUCUAAAAAAAACCCAUUGGCAUAGAGUUGAUUCUGACUCAUAGCGACAGUAUAAGACAGAGUAGAACUUUCCCAGAGGAUUCCCAAGGAGCGCCUGGUGUAUUCAAACUGCCAACCUUCUGGUUAGCAGCCGUAGCUCUUAACCAGUACACUACACCACCAGGGUUUCCCAAGUAUCUAAGGUAGUGGGUAAUAUAACUGUUUGACCUUUGAUCUGUAUCAAUCAAUGAAGAAUUUGAUUGUGUUUUGCUUUAUUGCUUAUUAUUGAGAUUUGCAGAUCACAGUGGCAGACUAAAAUCUCCUCAGUACACAACACACACAGACACGCACAUAUAUUCAAUUGAGGUUUUUUUUUUUCCUUAACUGAUUCCUAGGAGUUCCUUGUAUAUUCGAAAUACAUGAAUGCUUUGUCACUUUUUAUGUUGAAAGUAAUAUUUUCCCAGUUUGUGGCUUAUCUUUACAGUUGUAGUUGAAUUAAUCUAUCAGCCUCCCCCCCAUAACUUAUUUGUACUUUUUGUCAGUUUUAAAAGAAAUUGUAACCUUAUCUUGAUGUCAGAGACAUUUCCUAUGUUUUCUUCUUAAAGGUUUAUAUAAUUUCAUCUUCCGCAAAUACAAUAGGUUUUGUAUUUGUAACUAUAAGAGUCCAAUUUCUUUUUUCUUCCCCUUACAUGUAACUUGGUUUACCACCGUUUUUAGAUUAGGUUAUUGAUUGCCCAUUUUGUCAUAAGUUUGCACACAUAUGGCGGUCUAUUGCUGAGCUAAAUAUUUGUAUUCAUACACCAGUUGUUUUUACUUUUGUAUUUUUAUUAUAAUUCAUGAUAUCUGAUAUAGUACUAGCUUUUCUUUUGGUAAUGUUUGUGUAGUAUUUUUCUUUUUCCUUUAAUUCUUUCUAUAUUAUGUUUUAGAUGUGUCUUAUAAAUUGGAUAAAUCUAGAUUUUACAAAAUCUGCAAACCUAGCAUAUUUAUUCCAUUUACAUUUGUUGUGAUUAAAAUACUACGUUUGUUGUUGUUGCUGGUUGCCUUUGAGUUGAUUCCAAUUCAUGGCAAUCCAUAUUUGCAGAGUAGAGCUAACUGCUCCAUAGAAUUUUCAAGACUGUGACCUUUGGGAAGCAGAUUGCCAGACCUGUCUUAACGGGCGAUUUUGGAUAGAUUUGAACUGUCAACCUUCAGUGCUUUGGAGUGCCUAACUGUUUGCACCACCCAGGGACUAAUACUGUAUUAAACAGUAAAUGCUUGUUUUAAUAUAUUAAUUUAAUAUGUCAAUAUUAACAUGUUGAUUGCCUUCUUUCAUCUGCUUCCACCUCUUCUUGUUUAGUGAUUUUUUUUUUUUAAUAAGCUGAAUAGUUCAUUUUCUUUGGAACUAUGGAAAUUCUUUUAUGCCAGGGAUAUGAUAUAGUGUGUUUUUGACCUGUACUUUGGAUCGCUACUAGCCUAGAACUAUGCUGAGUUAAAUUCUUGCCUGAAGUUUACAUGUUCUACCCUGGUGGAAUGAAUUUAGGCUUGUGGUUACGUAUUCCCAGGAGAUUUUCUUCUUCACCCAUUGUCAUCUUGGGAUGGGCAUUUUCUUUGUCCUUCAGGACAAUAAAAUUUGAAAAAGCUAUUAUUUUUUAGUUUAAAAUUAGAUUGAAAGUGUAGUACGUUGAGACCUCAAAUUUAUGAGGAGGGUGUCUUGUUUUACUCCCCUUCUUGUGUGGCCCCUGGCUUUGUGUUCUUUCCUGAUGGGAUCUCUAAGCCCAACACUCAGGUUCACGCAGGCUUUCAGAUGACCUCAAUGCAAAAAGUUGCUUCAGUGCUCUCUCUGCCUCUGCCUCUCUGAGUUCUGGUUCCCUCCAUUGCCACAAGCUCUUUCUUUAUAACUUUCUUGCUAGGUCAUGUAUUGUCCUGCAUUCCAAUGUUUUAUCUGACGUCUUUAUUUUUCAGCAGGAGUAUGUUGUCCAGGUUGCCUCAAGUGGAAGUCCUUCUCAACCCUUUUUAUUUUAUGGCACACAUGGACAAAUGAAAUGGUGGUUUGUAGUAAUUACAGGGAUAAACUAUUGAGGACCCAUAAGAUUGACAGUGGUACAUACCCACGGUCACUGACUGAGAGGCUCUGGCUGCUCUUGGUACCCUGGGUGUCUUAUGCCUGGCAGCCUCAGUCGAGGCUGUCUCUGUCUCAGUACUCCUGUCACCCAUUCCUGGUACAUUUGUAGGAAAGCUCUGGUAGUCUAAUACAAUUUAUAUUAAUCUCAGAAACAAAGCAUGUAUGUGUGUGUGCGUUAAAUUUUUAGUUUAUGAAAGAGGGGAAAUUACAGAUCCUGAGUCAUUACAAAAUUGCACAGGGAAGAAAAGUGCAGUUAGGUCCUACUUAACAAUAGAAGAAAGUAUUGGUGAAUAUUUAUCGGGUCAGAGGCUGGAGAUUUUCUAAUUCUGAACUUAAUAUAUAUACUGUAAAGAAAUGGUGAUUGUUAUUGAGAAAAAUAGGAAACUUUUUGUACCAAAUGCUCCUUUAAAAAUUCAUAGAUAAAUGCAGACUGUAAAAGGAAAUUCUGUAAAGCAUGAUGAAUGGUAAGAAUCUUUUAUAUAAAAAUCCAUUAAAAAAACAUCCUGCAUCCCACUUUAGAGAGUGAUUUCUGGGGUCUUAAACGCUAGUAAGCGGCCAUCUAAGGUGCGUCAAUUGGUCUCAGCCCACCUGGAGCAAAGGAGAAUGUAGAACACCAAGGACACAAGGUAAUUAUGAGCCCAAGAGACACAAAGGGCCACAUAAACCAGAGACUACAUCACCCUGAGACCAGAAGAACUAGAUGGUGCCCGGCUACAACAGAUGACUGUCCUGACAGGGAACACAACAGAGAGCCCCUGAGGGAGCAGAAGAGCAGUGGGAUGCGGACUCCAGAUUCUCAUAAAAAGACCAGAUUUAAUGGUCUGACUGAGACUAGAAGGACCCCGUAAGUCAUGGUCCCCAGACCUUCUGUUAGCCCAAGACAGGAACCAUUCCCAAAGCCAAUUCUUCAGACAGGGAUUGGACUGGACUAUGGGAUAGAAAGUGAUACUGGUGAAGAGUGAGCUUCUUGGAUCAAGUAGACACAUGAGACUAUGUGGGCAGCUUCUGUCUGGAGGGGAGAUGAGAGGGCAGAGGGGAUCAGAAGCUGGCCAAAUGGACACAAAAAUAGAGAGUGGAGAGAAGGAGUGUGCUGUCUCAUUAGGGGGAGAGCAACUAGGAGUACAUAGCAAGGUAUAUAUAAAUUUUUGUAUGAGAGACUGACUUGAUUUGUAAACUUUCACUUAAAACAUAGUAAAAAUUAAGGAAAAAAAAAAGAAUCCUUUAUAUAUAAAUAACCAGUUGCUGUGAAGUCAACUCUGACUCGUGGUGACCCCAUGUAUGUUAGAGUAGAACUGUGCUGCUUCACAGGGUUUUCAAUGGCUGAUUUUGGAGAAGUAGAUCACCAGGCCUUUCUUCUGAGGCACCUCUGGAUGGACUUGAAGCUCCAACCUUUUGGCUAGCAGCUAAGUACAUUAACUGUUGGCACUACCCAGGGUCUCCUUAUAUAUAAAUAGCAUCUGACAAAUAUUUAGGAAAAAAACUGUUUAUAAUCCAAUAAAGAAAUGUGCACAAUCUAUGAACAGGUUGAUAAUUCAUGAAAGUAGUAGGAAACUUAGCUGAUAAAUAUUUGGAAAAAAGUUACCAAAGAACUGAAAAUUGAGCACUGCUGUGGAAGGUUGUAUUGGUUUAGGUUUGCAGGUGAGCUUAUCUAAAACUUAAUUGUGCUUUCCAUUUGACCCUGAAAAUUUAUCCUAAAGAAAUAUAAAUUUGCCAAAUUAUGUUCUUCUUCUUUUUUUUUUUAUUAUGUUCUUAAAAAAAAAAAGUUAGGGAGAUAAUAACAGUGAAAACUUGGUUAACAAGUAGAUAUUUUUCAGUAGAAACAAAUUAUGGCUUAACUGUUUAGUAAAAUGGUAUGCAUAUGUUAAUUUUGAGGUAGUUCUAUAUAUUUUGGUGGUAAGCAGUUAAUAUAUUGAAUGAAAGAGAUAGUUUAUGAAAUUGGAUACAAAGAUUUGUACCAUUUGUAUAUAUGCAGAGAGAAGUCUGGAAGGGUGUAUUCAAACUGAUUAAAAAUUACUUUUUUUAAGUACUUUAUUUUUGGGGGAGGAUCAUUACUAAGUAGCAGUUUCUCUAGUUUUAGGAUCUGAUCGUUUAUUCGGUAAAUCUAUAAAGUGCCCACUACAUUUUAGAAGUUGUAGAAUUCAAAUCGGAUUAUUUUUAGUGGAACUCAUGCUCAUAAAUGCAAUCUCUUUCAGCCCUUUCUCCAGACCUCAAGUGCUUGCUCCUUAACUUUUUGUGUGCAUUUAUUAUUUGACAGAUGUGAUGAAUGAAUGCAGACAUGGCUGCCGAAGAUACUAAUUUUGAAUUGUGUAUAUAUCCAGGUUACAGCAAUAGACAUCAUCAUUUACCUUCAUGAAGGCUGUUCGCUGCUACGAAUCUCUAAUCUUAAAAGCUGAAGGAAAAGUGGAGUCUGAUUUCUUUUGUCAAUUAGGUCACUUCAACCUCUUAUUGGAAGAUUAUCCAAAAGCAUUAUCUGCAUACCAGAGGUACUACAGUUUACAAUCUGACUACUGGAAGAAUGCUGCCUUUUUAUAUGGUCUUGGUUUGGUCUACUUCCAUUACAAUGCAUUUCAGUGGGCAAUUAAAGCAUUUCAGGAGGUGCUUUAUGUUGAUCCCAGCUUUUGUCGAGCCAAGGAAAUUCAUUUACGACUUGGGCUUAUGUUCAAAGUGAACACAGACUAUGAGUCUAGUUUAAAGCAUUUUCAGUUAGCUUUGGUUGACUGUAAUCUCUGCACUUUGUCCAAUGCUGAAAUUCAGUUUCACAUUGCCCACUUAUAUGAAACCCAGAGGAAGUAUCAUUCUGCAAAGGAAGCAU